AUGUCGGUGUUCAUACGUGCCGUACGCCCUCUGUCGCGGGCAGUUGCCCAGCCCGUCGUGUCUGUCACCGUCACCGGGCGGAGGUUGAUUGGCUCCGUCAGUGCCAUCGAUUCCAGCAUUUUCCGUACUUUGUUCGGGACAGAAGAGAUUCGCAAGGUGUUCGACGACGAAGCAUACAUCCGGCGCUGCGUCGAUGCGGAAGCUGCCCUGGCGAGAGCACAGUCUCAAUGCAAUGUGAUUCCCUCCGAGAUCGGUGCCAUGGUGACGCAAAAAGUGCAAGAAUCCAAGCUGGAUCUCGAGCGGCUUCGACAUGAGACUGAAAUCGUCGGCUAUCCAAUCCUUCCUUUAGUACGCCAGCUUUCGGCCAUCUGUGGUGAAGAGGCCGGCAGAUAUGUGCACUGGGGUGCGACAACCCAGGAUAUCAUGGACCUUGCGAGCGUGUUGCAGAUGAAGGAGGGUUUGGAUAUCGUUGAGAGACUCCUCAAGGAUGUCAUCAAGACCUUGCGCGAGCUGUCGGAGAAGUAUAAGGAUACCCCCAUGGCUGGACGGACGCAUUUGCAACAUGCGCUGCCGGUCACGUUUGGGUACAAGUGUGCAGUUUGGCUUUCUGGGUUUCAGCGACAUCUGGAGCGCCUGGGGCAGCUCCGGGACCGCACUUUGUUGGUGCAGUUUGGUGGCGCAGCGGGUUCGCUUGCUUCUUUGGGCUCGGGUGAUGAUGGCCUACGUGUGCGGAAGGCUCUUGCAAAGGAGCUUGGUCUGAAUGAUCCUUCAAUCACCUGGCACGUUGCGCGAGAUGGAGUGGCUGAGAUUGCGAACUUCCUGGCCCUCAUGGGUGGCUCGAUGGGCAAGCUGGCUCUGGAUGUUAUGAUCAUGUCAUCCAAUGAGCUGAGUGAAGUUUCCGAGCCCUUUGUGCCUCACCGCGGUGCCUCUUCAACCAUGCCACAAAAGCGGAACCCAAUUUCCAGUGAGGUUAUUCUGGCCGCGUCCAAAAUCCUGCGGUCGAAUGCAGGGCUUGUCCUUGACGGAAUGGUGGCUGACUUUGAACGUGCAUCCGGUCCCUGGCACUUGGAGUGGGUUGCUGUCCCAGAAAGCUUUGUCAUUGCUGUCGGGGCGCUCUCACAGACUCACUUCGCGCUGUCCGGCCUCUCGGUCAACACCGGGCAAAUGCUGGAGAACCUCCACUCUACGAAGGGAUUGAUUGUCGGUGAAGCUGUGAUGAUGGGCAUGGCGCCGCACGUGGGCCGUCAAAGGGCUCAUGAUAUCGUCUACGAGGCUUGUAAAGAGAGUAUUGAAAAGAAGCGGACCCUACUUGAGUGUCUGCUGGAGAAGGAAGAGGUUACAUCAAAGAUGAGCCAGCAGCGACUGGCCGAGUUGUGUGAUCCAGUCAACUACCUGGGUGCUUCCUCGCGAAUGGUGGACGACGUGCUAGCAAUUGACUGA